ACGUAUCAUUGGCCAACGAGAGCCUUGCCAGAUCCAAGAAACGUAAUUCGUCGACGGCCAUCGCAGAGUAUAGGAGCAUAGUUCUACGCGUACCAGACAAUCGCAAAGCACCUUGAUUACCGUCGCCAUAUUUUCACGACGCCUCGGACUGCCGUCACCGCUUCUUCGAACGCGCGCGAACUACUCACCGACUCGUCCUCAACCCCGCGCGCGCAUUGAGGCUCUUCCGUCAAUCGCAUUGAAGCUUCAUCCUUGAGCGCAUUGCUGUCGCACAGAUCACAUUACAAUGCAAGCGCCGUACGGCAUUCCACCGCCCGGUCCACCGGCGGCUGCUGCGCCGAAGAAGUACGAUGGGAAGAAUGGCGCGCCGCUGUACGAUCACAAUCAUGGAGGACAUUAUGGUGCCAGCGCAGGCAUUGCGGCUGCUGGACACGCGCCGCCGCCGGAGACAUUCACAGGACAUUGGGCCAAUGUAUCGCAAGGGUUGAACGGACAGUACAGAGACAUCCUCAACACCUACUGGCAGAACCAAGUGACAAAGCUGGAGACGGAGGAACACGACUACAAGCUCCAUCAACUACCUCUCGCGCGGAUAAAGAAAGUGAUGAAAGCCGACCCGGAAGUCAAGAUGAUCAGCGCGGAAGCUCCAAUUCUGUUCGCCAAGGGCUGCGACAUCUUCAUCACAGAACUGACCAUGCGUGCGUGGAUUCACGCCGAGGAGAACAAGCGAAGGACACUUCAACGGAGCGACAUCGCGUCGGCGCUCGCCAAGAGCGACAUGUUCGACUUUCUCAUCGAUAUCGUCCCUCGCGAAGAUGCGACGCCACAGCACAAGCGACGACCGGAGUACGCACCACAAGGCACAUAUACGCUUCCAGACCCGUCGCAAGGCGCGCCAGCAGAGGGCGGAGGGAUGCAGGCCCAGCCACAGAUGCCUCAGGACUUUGGCGGUGUUGAUCCUCAACAUAUGCCGUCGCAGGCUCAAUAUCAGCAGCAGAUGGGUGCAUAUCCGCCACCGCAGGCGCAGCAACAGUAUGGUCAACAGCAAAUGUUCGAUCCUAACAUGUACGCGACGCAGCCUCCGGGAUAUCCGAUGCAACAGAUGCAAGGAAUGCCACAGCAGCCGAUGUAUCAACCGCCUCCACCACAACAACACGCACAAAUGACACAGCAGUACCGACCCGAACAGCAGCAAAGCGGCGUCGAAGACCAAGACGCAGACGGCGAACAAGACUUCGGAGCCAAUGGUUAGUUGCCAGUGGCGAAGAGGAAAGGCAGUCGUGGUCGCGGUGGAAAGGCGCGCGGUGAACGCAAGCCAGAGUCGAAGGAGGAGGCGCCUUACUAUCUCAAUGGCAGAAAAGGCUCGGCUGUGCGUGUGAUCGCGGGAGAGGAUGUCGUCGUGCAGAGCGUUGGAGAGGAUGAGUGAUUAUUCUCUAUUGCGUUCGGAGCAGUGGAACUCCGGCGUGAAAUUAUGAUACCGAGUGCGAUACGAAUUGUUGAUAUAGGUGAACAGAACGAACUCUGCUACAGUUUUGCAGCCGACCCCG